UUAAAGAGUAAUGCGCUUACAUCCGUUACACUUGAAUCUUUACCAAGAGUUCUCUGGGAUACGAGUGAUGUUUUGAUUGAUCUCUCAUCAAACCCCUUCGAUUGUGUCUGUAGUUUGGAGUGGUUCGUUAUGGUAUGAGAACAAUAUGAAAAGAACAUCCGGCAACGCCUCUCUGUACACAUGUAACACCCCCACACAAUGGCAGGAGGUUCCCCUCGUCGACUUUGAUACCGCUGACUGCCAUGAGCUGAAUCAAUACGUGGUGAUGGCCCUUAUUAUAGCCGGUGUGUUAUGCCUUGUAGCACUCUCCUUUAUCGUAGUUAGGAGAUACAGAUGGGAUAUAAAGUAUUAUAUACAUGCAUGCAAGUACAACAAACUCACUUCUCCGCCGGUAAACUUGCGCGACGACUUCCUCUACGAUGGCUUCGUCGCAUACAACACACGUGACCGGAAAUGGAUCAUGGCGGAACUGGUCGAACACGUAGAAAGGAAACAUAACUACAAACUCUGUCUGCACGAGAGAGUUAUCAUUCCAGGUGGUGUGUAUGUCGAAGAUGUUCUCGAAAGUAUAGAUUUCAGUAGAAAGUUCAUACUGGUUCUUUCGAACAACUUCAUGGAUGACCAGUGGGGCAGAUACGAGACAGCAAUUGGGAGUCAUACUUUGGCGGAAGGGGGUGGUGGCAAACUGUUUCUCAUUUUACUGGAAGACAUCCGCUCUGAAUACAUCACCAGGUCCCUGAAGGUCUUACUAAAAUCUAUCGGACAUGCUGAAUGGAUAAAAAAUAAAAAUGGACAAAAAAUCUUCUGGAAUAACGUUGUACAGAAUUUAGAAAAAUCCGAAAAAUAAUUGGGUUUUCUUUUUUCACAAUUUAAAAUUUCUCUGUGGAAUAACUAGUUUUGACAUCCGCCACAUUGUGACGCUAACCAAUCGUGUUGUACGAUAGAAGAAAAUGUUAUGGUAAACAAAUAAACCAU